CACGCGUGCAGCGGAGCCGCGUUCUCGCGAGGUGCUGGAGCCGCCGUGGAGGCGCGGGCCGGGCCGGGCCGGGCGAGAAAUUUGAUCUUAAGAGGCUCGGUGUGCAGAGGCCAUGGGUUUGUCCGCCUCCUCCCCGGCUGCCACAGAGCAGCCGCCAAAUGCAUCCAGGCAAUACCAGACGGCAUCUCCACCUUCAGAAUGUCCCAUGCAUCAAAAAAAAAUGAGCGGUUGUCCAAUGCACAUGAAGACUGCUGAUCAUAAAACUGAGAACACAGAUGAUGUUCCUGCACAUCAAGAAAGAGCUUAUGAGUUCGUAGCAUGUCCUGUGAAGUCUGGUGCAGCUCAAAUGAAUGAUGACAUAGAUCCCAGCAAUAUGAUGCCUCCUCCCAAUCAGCAGCCAUCUCCAGGUCAGCCAUUUCCAUUGUCAACUGUUAGAGAAGAAUCUUCCAUUCCUAGAGCACAUUCUGACAAGAAAUGGGUCUAUCCUUCAGAGCAAAUGUUCUGGAAUGCUAUGCUAAGAAAAGGGUGGAGGUGGAAAGAUGAUGACAUAACAAGUGAAGACAUGACCAACAUUAUUAAGAUUCAUAAUCAAAAUAAUGAGCAAGCUUGGAAGGAGAUUUUGAAGUGGGAAGCUCUACAUGCUACGGAAUGUCCAUGUGGGCCAUCACUGAUGCGGUUUGGAGGCAAAGCGAAGGAGUACUCGCCAAGAGCCAGAAUACGUUCAUGGAUGGGGUACGAGCUGCCCUUUGACAGGCACGACUGGAUCGUUGACCGCUGUGGGAAGGAGGUGCGCUACGUUAUCGAUUACUACGACGGCGGGGCGGUGGAUGAGAACUACCAGUUCACCAUCCUGGACGUGCGCCCCGCGCUGGACUCGCUCUCGGCCGUCUGGGACAGAGUCAAGGUGGCCUGGUGGCGCUGGACUUCCUAACUGCUCCUGUGGUGUGUACUUGAAAAUAACCACUUUGCUCCUAGACAAUGGACAUGUCAAUAUCAGGACUUGAGAUAGAGGUUCGCUGCAGCUGUCAUUGCUUUCAUCAUCACCACUCUUCUUUUGGGGGUGGGAAGGGAGGACAGGGAAGUCUCUCCUGAAGUACACCAAUGCUUUGUGGUGUUUCAAAUGGAAUAAUAAAGUUACAGUGGCAAAAACAUGUAUCUUAAUUUUCUUAAGAACUGGGAAGCCUUUCUUACUUCGUCUCAGAUUCUGCGUGAGCUCUUUUCAUUUCAUGACUUCAGUCCUGCUCUAAAUACAUUGCAAUUCUGAUUCUGACUGGAGUUUUGAGUAUUACUUGAGUAUUGAAAACUGGAAAUUUCAUCAGCUAUUUCACAUAAAGUCUUUGGAUACCUCCAUGAUGAAUAAAGGUUAAAAGAU